UGCUUCAAAGUGCUUCGGAGUCAGUGACAUCAAGUUGUUCAGAACGUUCAUCCCUUGCUCUUCGGAAUAUUUUUCUCGCUUCCAUCUGAUAGACACACGACCCACACUAUAGAGGCGACACGCCCACAAAUAAUUCUAAUCGCUAAGAUGGCGCCGGUCGAAACAGAGUACUAUGACUUGUUGGAUGUCCCCGUGGACGUUAACGACACAGACUUAAAGAAGGCAUACAGGAAGCAAGCAAUGAAAUACCACCCAGAUAAAAAUCCAUCUUUGGAUGCGGAAGAGAUGUUCAAGGAAAUAAGUAAAGCAUAUCAGGUACUAUCUGAUGCUAAUCUGAGAGCAGUCUAUGACAAGAACGGGAAGUCUAUGGUCGACAAGGAGAGCACAGAGCUAGACGAUGCAGCGGGUUUCUUCGCAAACGUAUUUGGUGGAGAGCGGUUCAAUGAUUAUAUUGGUGAAAUAUCUUUAAUGAAGGAGAUGACGUCUGUGGCGCAGACAGUAAUGACCGAUGAGGAACGUGCCGAGCUCGAGAAAGAGGGUAUCGUCUCGCAACCAGCAGUAGUCUCGCACGAGCCGCACGUUUCCUCACCUGGACCAUCGUCACCCGUUGAUAAUGCGUCGAAGCGCCAGUCCAUUUUGGGGUCCCCAACCCCUUCAAAUGGCGGCAAGGAAGGCAAAGAGAAGGAGAAAAAGCGCAAUAAGCUCUCACCAGAACAGAGGAAGAAGCUACAGGAGAUUGAGGAGGAACGCAAACGCUCGAUGGAGGAACGGGUAAAGAUGCUCACUGCGAAGCUACUUGAGCGACUACGGCCCUUUGUGGAUGCGAAAGUACCUGGCGACAAAGACGACCCCGAGACAAAGGCAUUCGAAUCCCGAAUCAGACUUGAAGCAGACGAUUUAAAGCUAGAGAGUUUUGGGGUUGAGUUGUUGCAUGCAAUCGGGACAGUAUAUAUGAUGAAGGCAACGUCAUUCCUGAAGUCGAAGAAGUUCUUAGGGAUUGCAGGUUUCUGGUCGCGGAUGAAGGAAAAGGGUUCAGUGGCAAAAGACGCGUGGGGCGUUAUCGGAAGCGCAUUUAGCGUCCAGUCUCUCAUGUCCGAGAUGGAGCGCCUGCAGAAGAAGGGGGAGCUUGAUGAGGAGGUGCUACGGGCACUAGAACAGGAUGUUACAGGCAAGAUCAUGCUAGCAUCUUGGCGAGGCACGCGCUUCGAAGUCGUGCAGGUUCUCCGGGAGGUUGUGGAUAACGUGCUCAAAGAUAAAGAGGCGUCUGAUCAAGUGCUGUUUCAUCGCGCGAAGGGCUUGAUGAUCAUGGGCCACAUAUUCAAAAACACGGUUCCGGAUGAGAGUGACGAAGACCGACGCGAACUCGAACGAAUGGUCGCAGAAGCAGCAGAGGGCAAAUCAAGGCAUCACCACCUACGCGGAAAGGCCCGAAGAGAAGGCAACACACCACCUGGGACGCCGCCGAAUGAAGCCCGGCAUUCAGAGAAGGGGCAGGUUGAAGGAGAGACCUGUGCACCUUAGUGCUGAGCUCAGACAACUGGAAUUUGGAACGAGAGAGCAUUCGCGCACGUGUUACAUAUGUGAUCAUAUCUCAGGACUGCUUUUGGUUUUUAUGACUUUUCUCUUCGAACGACUAUGGAACGGGUCUGCAACA